AACAUAUGUGGUAGUACUGGCUGAAAGACCGCUAACAAAUAGCUUACCGAUUUUUGUAAUUCGUCCAACCAUUGCGACGUUUUUCCUGGUCCCGAAGGAUUCGAGUUAUUAUACAAAGAAUACACAGCCUGGUAAACAGUUUCCAGAGUGUUCACAAGAGGAUACGUGUACCCGCUAUAGUUGAGAAAUUUCGGUUCUUAGUUAUGAACCAUCCUACCAUGAGUCCUACAUGAUCUGUGGGAGCAAUGCAUCGAAAGUUUAUGACGUUUGACAGUUGGUCAACAAACACGAGAAAUAACAUUUGAAAAUAGUGGUACAAUGAAUGAUUACAAAAUUCCGAUAAUCGAACCAACUAUCGAUUAUACGAAGGUUCCACCAAUUAAUCAGAAAAGAACUAUAUCGUUUAUAAAUCAUUUUAUCGCCCACACUGUAACAUUUCUCAAUAAAUUUACAUUAUCAUGCGAAGAGAAAUUAUUUGAAUUUGAAAAUAAGUUACAGAGGAUCGAAGCUUCGAUAGAAAUUUUGGAAUCUUGGUUGUCGUCUGUUCCUAGUCUGGAACACGAACAACAGGAAACAGAAUGUUCAGUGAAUUGUAACGAUGUUAAACAAGAAGAAACAAGUGUAUCUAAUAUAGAUGAAUCUGACAAUGUCAUUGAAGAUGACCCUAAAAGCACACAGACUGAACAAGAACCGGUAAAUAAAGAUCCACGUUAUGAGAAAUAUUUCAAAAUGGUACAUUUCGGUGUACGAAAAGAGGCAGUCAAGUUAAUGAUGGAGCAAGAGGGCUUGGACUCGUCUAUAUUGGACAGUUCCCAGCAAAUAGUUUCGAAGCAACAGGAAGAAGCAGAUUAAACAUUUACUUGUAUUUAUACAUUACGCAUGAAAAAUAUUUUUGCAUUAUAAAAUACAAUAAAUAAAAUAAACAACUAUACAAAUUCCAAAAGAUUUAUUUCAUUUCUUAU